GAAGGGGGAGCAAGAGAGCGCGAGGGAGGGAGAGAGUGAGUGAGUGAGCGAGCGAGGGAGAGGGACGGCAGCUCAGUCGAGAGCGCGCAGUUAACAAUACAGCGGGAACGCGACGGGAACGUAAGCUGUCAGUGCACGAGAUCACAUUAAAGGAUGCACCGACCGUUUUGCCACAGUGUGUGUGGAGACUGACAUUUCUCCAAGGGCUUUGCGCGCAUUGUCACUGCGACUGUUUCAUUGGAGUGUACGUGUGGACAUCUAGCCCCUCAGACCCCCCCGCCCGUGUAUCACUUCCUGACGUCCGUCGCCACGGCAACCAUGGACUGCGGAUUACGUUUGCCGCCUGUCAUCGAGGAGGUCCUGGAUGCUGCAGAUGAUGUGUGCGAUCUGAAAACAGAGCGGCCAGGCAUAGGCAUCGACAUGACGGCCAAAGAGCGGGAGUCACUGGAGGAGAACGAGGACAGAGAUCAGAAGAACACAGAGGUUGGAAAUGGAGAGAAGGGGCAAGAGGACGAACGAGAGAAGAAGGAGGUCAAGGAGGAGAAUACGGAGGAGGGGGAAGAACAGACAGGAACGGACGAGGAAGACGAGCUGGAGCUUCUGAGAUCGCAGGUGGUGCAGCUGCUGCUGGAGCUGGAGGAGACCAGAGAAGUGUCACAACGACACGAGGAGAGCUACAACGAGCUUCAGGGUAUACUGGAAGAAGAACGUCUGGCAAGCGCCCACCAGGCUGAAAGCUUUACAAGACAGAUCCAAAGACUUCAAGCCCAGCUGCGCUCGGUGCAGGAGGAGCUGGACAGCCUGGAGGAGGAGAAGGCCAGCGAGCUUUGGGAGGCGCAGGGGGAGCUGCGUGUAGCUCAGGAGGAGGUGCAGGAGCUCCAGCAGGCGGCGGAGGAGGCUGCAGCCGAGCGGGAAAAUGACAUCGCUCUGCUGCAGGAGGAGCUGUGCCGUCUGCGCGCCGAGCUGGAGCGUCUGCGCGGCACCACACAGGAGUACGAGCUGGAGCUGACCACGCUGAGGGCCGAGAUCAGCAUGAAGAGCCAAUGCAGGGAGGAGCGGGAGAAAGCCGCAGGUGAGGGUGAUGUGGACCAACUGAUGGAGGAGUGUCGCUCUUUGAAGGACGAGUGUCAGACGCUAAAAAAUGGCAACAAGCAGCUCUCUGAGAAACUUGAGAUGCUAGAACAGCAGAGAGCCAGCUCCAGUGACUCAUAUCUGAGCUUAACAACGGAACAGAACGAUGGAGAUGACACACAAAAUGACGGAGAAAAGGAGGAGAAGACCGAAGCUUACGUGAGCACGUUGGGGGUAGAACAAGGUGGAAAAUGGGUGGACGCCUAUACCCAGAAGAACAUCUCGUUUGAGGGGAAACCCGUCACCCCGACGGGCCGGAGUGGAGGAUUUUCUGAAGUGUUUUCUCUUAAAGACCAGCUGAAGCAAGCUGAGGAGAAAGCCUCACAGGUUCAGAGAGAGUGUGAGGGACUCAAAGGAGAGCUUCUUGAACUUCAGGGGCUUUACGAGUGCAGCCAGAGGGAGAGGGCGGGGCUGGAGGCGGAGCUGCAGCGCUGUAGGAUGGAGCUAGAUCGGUUGGGUGGAAGGAAGGCUCAGAUUGGGCUGGCUGUGCGGUGUGGGCAAGGAUCUUUAAAUGCCAAGAUGGCAACCUUGGCUCACCGUUCAUAUGCCGGAGGCUCGAAUCGAGCACAAGGUUUCCAUUUUGUGUUUAACCAUCUUUGCUGUGUAUCUAAUCUGGGUGUACUUUCCUGUUUCCCUGCUCUCUUGUGGUGUUCCAUCGCUUUGUUCUGUUGCUUUUUGACAACUGCAUACACAUACAUGCCAUAAACAACCAUACGCUCACAAUGCACACGGCACUAUAUCAAAUUCCAAACAAAUUUGAUGAUUCUUUUUAAACUGCUGGCAUCUAUCUAUCUAUCUAUCUAUCUAUCUAUCUAUCUAUCUA